GCGAGAUUUCCUUCGUGUAACAAGUUCCUCGACGUUAAAGGAUAAAAAAAAGAAGAAAAUUAUAGAAAACAAAAAUGAGGUGUUUAUUCUACUUCCUCGUUUUCUAUUUAUUUGGUCACGCCUACUCGAAGAAAUUUUGUCGAACGAUAACUUCGAAAUUUCCAAAUAGAAUAACUUUCGAUUGUACAGAAUUAAACACUUUACUAAAUCAUUUGGAAUCGGCACGAAGUAAUACAACGAAUAUUAAAAUUUAUGGAUCUAAUUUAAAUACUAUCGCAGGACAAGCCUUCAUAAAAUUUAGUGCAACUUUACGAGUUUUGGAUCUACAUGAAAAUAAUAUCAAAGUAUUGGAACCUCGAGCUUUCAUAGGAUUAGUAAACUUGAAUGAACUAAUACUAUGGGGUAACCAACUGACAUGGAUAAUUGGUGAUUGGUUCGUAAACCUUUAUAAUCUUCGAACUCUCGACUUAUCGUUCAAUCAAAUACAAACCAUGGAUUAUAACGUCUUUCCGUUGCUUCCUUACUUGGAAAACUUCUACAUCGAUUAUAAUAACUUUCAAACUAUAGACUAUAACAUGUUCGUCUAUAUGGCGAACUUAAAAAGAAUUAGAUUUAGUAAAAAUCCUUGGAAUUGGGGAUAUCGUGCUCUGUUAACCUGGCAAAUGGAGAACAAAAAUGUUGAUUACUCUAGCGAAUGGGAUGAUUGGAAUUGGAUGAGCAACACGAUAAAAGAUUGCACGGAAAGCGGUGAGGGUGAAAUUCCGAAUGAUAGUGUAAUCGAUUGCGUUGUCAGGAAACUGUUGGACUUUACGUACGAUACUUUGCACUUCUCUCCUAUUGGAUUGGCAAACGAUGUUGGAUGCGCUCAGGAAGCAAGGAGAUUGAUCAGCUGCGCAAGACCAAAGAAUGUUACUCAAAACACGGAUUAUCAAACAAUACGUAUGAUCCUUCAAGAUUAUAAUAGAGUUUUACUUCCUAUGAUACGAGCACAUAGUCCAUUAAGUUAUAAUGUUAAUUCUCAACUGUAAUUCUACAUCAUAAAUAUAUAUUAUAAUAUAUUCAAUGCAUAUGAAAAUGUAAUUAAACGUAAUUAACAAAAAA